GUUUAGACCCUACAGUGUGACCUGGGUGCAACAUCAGAGCUCUUUCAGACUCAAGUAUUGACGAUGACAUGGUGCCUCCUGAAACAUGGGGGACACCAUGGAAAAAAGUAUAGAGGGACCCCUCACUUCUCUGGAUGAAGCUCAUUCCAUGAAGAGAGGGGACAUAGUGGAGAUCUUGAAUGGCGAAAAAGUGAAAUUUGAUGACACGGAGCUCUCGAGAAUUCUGCAGAGUGGCUUGGAGAACCUCCGACUGGAAAACUCUCUGACCGAUGUCAUUUUGUGCGUGGACAUUCAGGAAUUCUCCUGCCACCGGGCAGUGCUGGCGGCAGCCAGCAAUUAUUUCAGGGCCAUGUUCUGUAAUGACUUAAAGGAGAAAUAUGAGAAGAAAAUCAUCAUCAAAGGUGUGGAUGCAGAAACUAUGAAUAUUCUUUUAGACUAUACGUACACGAGUAAGGCUCUCAUUACCAAACAGAAUGUCCAGCGGGUCUUGGAAGCUGCCAGCCUCUUCCAGUUCCCAAGGAUGGUAGAUGCCUGUACCAGUUUUCUCACUGAAGCCCUCAACCCUGAAAACUGUGUUGGAAUCCUGAGACUGGCAGACACACAUUCCUUGGACCACCUGAAGAAGCAAGUUCAAGGCUAUAUUAUUCAGAAUUUCACUCAAAUCUUGAACUAUGAUGAAUUCCUGGAGCUUCCUGUGGACACCCUCCACUAUGCCCUGAAGAGUGAUGACCUGUAUGUCACCGAGGAAUCCCAAGUAUUUGAGAUGGUGAUGUGCUGGGUUCGGCAUAAGCAGUCGGAGAGACUUUGUUUGCUCCCGUAUGUCCUAGAGAAUGUCCGCUUGCCUCUUUUGGACCCUUGGUAUUUUGUGGAGACAGUGGAAGCAGACCCACUUAUCCGACAAAGCCCUGAGGUCUUCUCCCUUUUACAGGAAGCAAGGAUGUAUCAUCUCUCUGGCAAUGAGAUCAUUUCAGAGAGAACCAAGCCCAGGAUGCACGAGUUCCAAUCUGAGGUGUUCAUGAUCAUUGGAGGCUGCACAAAAGAUGAGAAAUUUGUGGCCGAGGUGACCUGCCUGGACCCGCUGAGGCGCAGCCGCCUGGAAGUAGCCAAGCUCCCGAUUACGGAGCAGGAACUCGAGAGUGAGAAUAAAAAGUGGGUGGAGUUUGCCUGUGUGACCUUAAAAAAUGAAGUCUAUAUAUCAGGUGGUAAAGAAACACAACAGGAUGUCUGGAAAUAUAAUUCUUCUAUCAACAAGUGGAUCCAAAUUGAGUAUUUAAAUAUUGGCCGAUGGAGACACAAGAUGGCAGUUCUGGGUGGCAAAGUCUACGUCAUUGGAGGUUUCGAUGGGCUACAGAGAAUUAAUAAUGUGGAAACAUAUGACCCUUUCCAUAACUGCUGGUCAGAGGCAGCACCUCUCCUCAUCCAUGUGAGCUCCUUUGCUGCUGCCAGCCAUAAGAAGAAGCUCUAUGUGAUUGGGGGAGGACCGAAUGGAAAACUGGCAACAGACAAGACUCAGUGUUAUGAUGCUUCAGCCAACAAGUGGUGUCUAAAGUCAUCCAUGCCAGUUGAGGCUAAAUGUAUCAAUGCUGUCAGCUUCCGGGACCACAUUUAUGUUGUGGGUGGGGCCAUGAAAGCUUUGUAUUCCUAUAGCCCUCUGGAGGACAGCUGGUGCCUGGUGACCCAGUUCAGCCAGGAGAGGGCAAGCUGUGGGAUUUCCCCUUGUAACAACAGACUGUACAUCACUGGGGGGCGUGAUGAAAAGAAUGAAGUCAUUGCCACAGUGCUGUGUUGGGACACAGAAACUCAGAAACUGACAGAGGAGUGUGUUCUUCCCCGGGGAGUGUCCCAUCAUGGCAGUGUGACCAUCAGGAAGUCAUACACCCACAUUAGGCGGAUUGUCCCUGGGGCAGUCUCUGUGUGACCGUGGGGAGGGGUGUGCAAACAAAACAUUUCAUAUUUAUAUGGUAUUCUAAGGUUUACAAAACCCUUGUCUCACCACUGCCCUGGGAGACAGUCCAUGCAAGUACCCUUACCCACAAUUUAUAGAUAUAAAAUGAGAUGCAAAGUCAUCUGGGAUGCCGUGGCCAGUGCCAGAGCUGGAAUUUGAACCCAGGUGUCCUGAGUCUCAGCUCAGUGCCCUACAGAAAUGGGAUGGCUGUCCACUACACAUCCCACCUUCUCUAGGGGCAGGCUUGGCCCAGGCCAUCUUUUCCUUGGAAACAAUGCCGUUUGGUCUACAUCAUUGGAACCCUCCAGGAUGCCAUCACGAGCCAAUCCCUUCAAAGUCAUUGGUGUCUUUGGUUAGUAAAUACUUCGGCUCAGUUUUAGGGAAAAAAAGGAAGUUUCAAGGAAGAACAGCUUCAUUCCAAGACUUUCAAACACACUCAGGACGUUGAGUUCUCCCAUCUCCAUUUGGGAAAUUCCAUGCCAAAAAUGCUAUUUCGUUCAUGUGUGUGUGUGUGUGUGUGUGUGUGUGUGUGUGUGUGUGUGUGUGUGUGUGUGUGUAUUUUUACUAGAUCAGUGUGUGGGCUUUUGUUUUGCAAGUGUGAUUUAACUUUAUUUAUAGAACUUGGUGCUGGCUUAGGGUGCCCCCGUGAUGUCACAUUUGUUAGUGGUAUACAUUCUUAGCUGUCAAGGGAACUUGAAGAGUUCCGUGUGUGUUGCUUAAAUUACCCCAAUUGCAAGAGAACAAUCUGACUUCUUUUCUGUUGGGCUUUUGGGACCUGUCCAACGUCUUACUCGUGAAGGGAAAAGAGUUAAGGUUUUAUUUCUGUUUUGAAAACAAACACAGUAGUUGGUGAUGGAGUUGGUCUCUAGGCACCAAGGCAGGCAAAGCUUACCGAGAUACACUACCUGGUCUUUUUCAUCUUGGCAGUGGUUGGGGAAAAGGUUUGGGAGCUCCCUAUCUGCCAGGAAAGGGCAAAAAUACACCUGGUGUUUUCUUCCCACUCGAAAAGCCAUCUUUCUCAUCUCCACUCUGGGCUAACUUUGCCAUGUCUGCUCCAGAAUGGCCAGUUCUUUGUCAUUUGCUGUACGGUGCUGUGGCAUGACAUUAAUUAAAGAAGCAUUAAAUAUUCUGUGCUAGGCACUGUACUAACUUUGGGACAUAAAGACCAAAAUGAAAACAGUUCUUGCCCUCAAGGAGUUUCCAUUCCAUUGGAUAGGGAGGAGGGAGGGAAACAAGUCAUUUUGAGAAGGGCAGGGGAGAUGUUAACAGCUACGAGUGGAAAAGGGCAGAAAGUGACAUGUUUGGAAUGGAAGGAAUGGAAGGAACUAAAGAUUCCAAGAUGUGGAUGUGAAAUCAUAGCAUCAUAGCUUUAAGAUUUAGAAUUGGAAGGAACCUUAGGAAUCUCCCCAUUUUACAGAUGAGCAAACUUUAAAAGAAAGGCAGUAUAAGAGGAUAGAACAAUGAACUUGGAGUCUUGUGUUCCAAUUAUGACCGAGAUAAUGAUUCUGGACUCUGUUUCCGUUUUCUCAUUUGAAAGAUGGAGGUGGAAAUGGAGGCUUGAUGGCCUUGAGGAUUAUAGGUUUAAGGCUAUGAUCCUAUGAACUGAGUCACAGAAAAAGCAAGGCAUUUGUCAAGAUUAUAUAAAAGGCAGAGGCAGGAUUUGAACUCCGAUCUUUUGGCUCCAGACCAGCAUUCUUUCCACCAUACCAAGCUGUCUCUCAACCAGACCCUUCUAGGCAUGUGAAUCAGUCAGGUUGAAGCACCAAGAUCCCAUGAGUAAGAGACAGUCAGUGUCCGACUAGUUAAACAUCAUCCUGACCACGAUCUUGACCACUAUUUCCCUUUAGACCUUAAUGAAGACAUCUCAGGAACCCAAAUUCCAGAGCCUUGGGAAUUCCAGUCAAAUGCUCUUAGCCGUCAUCCUGGGAAGACAUAACUUGGUAACUCCUACUAAAGACCCCCAAAAGAAAGUUCCUUCCACCAAAGGCUGUUCAAAUGGUUCAAUGUGAUUUUUUUUUUUAUCAGUGAAAAUGCCAUGUAAAAAAGAAACAGAACCAUCUGCUUUGCUGCUCCAUCUAAGGAUCAUGGGACCAUUACACUUCCCUAGGUGUUGUCUUCCCCCUUAGAAUGUGAGCUGUUCCAGAGCAGAGAUUGUCUUCCUUUUCUACCUGUGCCUCCAGUAUUUAGCUCAGUGCUUUGCAUGUAGGAAGCACUUAAUAAAUGCCUCAUUCAUUCAUUCUAGGCACCGAGAACAGCCUUGGCCAAGGCAUGGAAGCAGGAUAAAUCUUCAAUUUCAACUUCUGUUGCAACCCUGAGAAAAUUCACUUUUAGAGAACUUGAUAAACUUGAUAAACUCGUUCACUUUUGGCAGCUGCCUAUACAAAUCAUGGCAGCCUUGAUUGUCCUGUUUGGGGAUGAACAGGCCACUCUAAUCAAGACCUGAAAUCUUUUUCUUGGGGAAAAUGCCUUUUAAUCCACAUCAUUGAAUCCCUGACUAUAUAUCAUCAUGGAUCAGCACCUUCCAAGUCUGUGCUGUUUACCAAAUGUCUCCGUUCAGUUUUUCAAGCAUUACUCUAGAGAGUUUCAAAGAACUCUGAUUGUCCCAAGACUUUUCAUCACAUUUAGGAAACAACUUGGUUCAGAAAAUUUGGGUCAUUAAAGAAAUUUUAUUAUAUUUUAUUUUAUUCUCCCUCUUUUUCCAGGCGUGGCCACUACAUCAGACACUGUAUUGUUCCUUUUGCCAAGUGAAACUUCAUCUUAUUUAUAGAACUCGCUGGAAUGAAGGGAGCACUACUAGGUUUUGACUUUGAUGCUUAACCAUAUGCUCUGUAUUUGUGUUCCUCUCAGUUAUGAUAGAGCUAGAAAAAGGAAAGGAAAAAUAAAUUAAUAAAGAACAAAAUUUAUUCGGU